AACUGUGGUAUACUUCACCAAAAUGCAAAAGGACAUUAAAUCGUUUUGGACACGUUCUGAAUAUUUUUGACAAGUUGGCAGAUACUUUUAAUGCUUGCAUUGACAUCCCACUGUUUGUUGACCGAGUAAAUGCCCCUUAAGGCAAUCCUGUCCUCCACAGCAUGAACAAUAUCUAUUUGAUUCGAGGGCAUUUAAAGCAAUUCCAAAUUUUCGUGAGCAUGUUUGGGUUCAUGAGUCAACAGGUUCCGUAUGUUGACUUAUCUUCAACCUUUCGCUUAGUUCCCUUGAGUCACAUAAUCGAAUUGCUCUGACUGAAAGAAAAUUUAAGAAAAUACAGCAAAUCAAUGGAAAAGUUUCACGGGGAUAAACUCCAUAAACCUUUAAUUCUUCUUCUUAUCCUGGUCCUUUUCUUAUCAUAUCAGCUACCCUCUUCAGCAUACACUCUCCCAGACAAGUAUUUCAUCAAUUGUGGAUCGAACAUCAACAUAAACGUCACUAAUCGGACAUUUGUUGGUGAUUUGAAUUCUGAUUCUGUCUCCUUUACCAAACAGAACAGCUCUGUCACUGACAACAGGAAGGCAUCAGAAACACCAUCUAUAUAUCAAACAGCAAGAAUUUUCAGGCAGCAGUCCUCAUAUGAGUUUGAAAUCACCACUAAUGGUACUUACCUGGUACGCCUCCAUUUCUUUAAUUCAACGGAUCUGUCAGCUGCUGUUUUUAAUGUUUCAGCUUCUGGUUUUCUGCUCUUGCAUAAUUUCAGAGUCCAAAAUAGUAGCAGCUCUAUUCUAAAAAAGGAAUUCAUUUUAAGCAUUCCUAUAGGUAAAUUCUUAAUAUACUUUGUACCUCGAGGAUCUUCUUUCGCAUUCGUAAAUGCCAUAGAGGUCUUUCCUGCCCCUCCGGAUUUCAUUUCUGAUGAGGCUGCACAGAUUAGUCAGACAGGAAAUAGCAAUGCUUACAAGGGUAUACUGUCUCGUGCUUUACAGACAAUUCACAGAAUUAAUGUUGGAGGCCCAACCCUUACACCAGAAAAUGAUACUUUAUUGAGAACUUGGCUUCCUGAUGACAGUUAUCUGUAUCAUCCAGACACUGCAAGGAAUAGCCAAGUUUACUCGGGUAGGCCUAAUUAUUUAGAUCCUGUUAACGAAUUUAUUGCACCAGAUCUAGUAUACAAGACUGCCAAAGAGUUGAAUGAAAAUGCCAGUAGGUUAACAAAUAACUUUAAUAUAACCUGGUCCUAUGAUGUGACUAGAAAUGCUAGGCACUUCAUUCGGGUUCACUUCUGUGACAUUGUUAGUCCAGCACAGAAUACUUUACGAUUUUUUCUAUAUAUAAAUGGCAACUUCAGUAAGGAAAUCAAUCCUUAUGAAACGGUGGCGCAAUUGGCAACUCCAUUUUUCAUAGACUUUGUGGUUGAUUCUGAUGAUUCAGGAUUCAUGAAUAUCUCCAUAGGGCCUGAUAGUGGAUCUACAGAGCAAACAGCCUUUCUAAAUGGGGUUGAGAUAAUGGAAAUGAUGGGGGAAUCUAAUGUGGUUCCUCUAUCAAACAAGUCCAACCAGAAGUCUGUUUUUGUUAUUGUCGGUUCAGUCCUUGGAGGUCUAGUUCUUGUCUGCAUCUUUGGAGGUCUGCUGUUUAUUGGUUUGAGACGCAGGAAGCCAAAACCUGUUCAAAGUUCAGAUUGGUCACCAUUAACUGCAUAUAAAGGAAGUACUCACAGUAAUCGGAAGAUGCCUCAACUGUCAAAACUAAGCACAGAGGGAACCAACAAUGCUUCCCCUGUCCCUAAUUUGAACCUGGGUUUAAAGAUACCUUUUAUUGAGAUUCAGUUAGCAACAAACAACUUCGAUAAGAAGUUACAGAUUGGUAAAGGUGGAUUUGGUAAUGUCUAUCGAGGAACUCUCAGAAAUGGCAUGAAAGUGGCUGUGAAACGAAGCGAGCCAGGGUCAGGUCAAGGCCUGCCAGAAUUUCAGACGGAGAUCAUGGUUUUAUCCAAAAUUCGCCAUCGUCAUCUUGUUUCAUUGAUAGGAUAUUGUGACGAAGGUUUUGAGAUGAUACUGGUGUACGAAUUCAUGGAAAAAGGAACUUUGAGGGAUCACCUGUAUAACUCAAAGCAACCUUGUUUGUCUUGGAACCAAAGGCUUGAAAUUUGCAAUGGUGCAGCAAGAGGACUUCAUUACCUUCACAAAGGUGCAUCUGGGGGCAUCAUUCACCGUGAUGUCAAGUCGACAAACAUCUUGCUUGAUGAGAACCUUGUAGCCAAAGUAGCUGACUUUGGACUUUCAAGAUCAGGUCCUCCGGAUCAAACCCAUGUCAGCACUGUUGUUAAAGGAACUUUCGGUUAUCUUGAUCCCGAGUACUUUAGGACACAACAGCUGACAGAAAAAUCUGAUGUUUAUUCAUUCGGCGUGGUUCUUCUUGAGGUUCUAUGUGCAAGGCCAGCUAUCAAUCCUACACUUCCAAGAGAGCAAGUGAACCUAGCCGAAUGGGGAAUGGUUUGCAAGAAGAAAGGAUUGCUUGAGCAGAUUGUGGACCCGUCCAUAAAAGUUCAGAUCAAUCCCAACUCAUUAAGAAAAUUUGCGGAGGUAGCAGAGAAAUGUUUGCAAGAAGAUGCUGCUGAUAGGCCUACCAUGGCUGAUGUGGCAUGGGACUUGGAGUAUGCUUUGCAGCUGCAGCAAACAGCAGUUGUACGAGAGCCACACGAGGACAGCACGUCCAAUGCUUCCGGUAUGUUAUCAUUUCCCGUUCUCCAGCGUUUUCCUUCCACGAGUGCAGAAUUUGAGAGAGAUGAUAUGCUCACUGUAAGGGAGGAUGACUCUGACUCAGUCCCAUCAGCAAGUGAAGUUUUCUCCCAAUUGAAAAUUAAUAAUGCCAGAUAAAUCAUUCGGUUUACAAGGUACAGAUUUCCCACUUUAAUCUUCUUUGGCAUGUAUGUUUCAUAUCUGAAAUUAAAUUGAUACUGCUUUUUUAUCCUAUACAUCUCUAUUACAGAGUUUGAACUUCAUGAUGUAUAAUAUAAAGGUAUUCCCUAAGAUCAUAUAUAUUACCAGUCUACAAUCUAGUUAAAUUGUACUGUAAGAAGAACCUGGAGCUUAACUAAGUUGUUCAUGCAACCACUUUUACGAGAUGACAUCCAACAAGACUAGAGUUCGAAUCUCAGCACUUGCAAUCACUCUCACAUUCUCAGGUCACAGCCUUCUUUGUACCAAAAAAGGUAUACUAUAAGAGAUGAUUUCGAGAUUAUUAAUCAGAAGAAAAUAUUUAUUAAAGAAGCUAUUUGCAUUAUCAAUGAAGUGCUUCUGCCUGGUAUCCAAACAUGCAUAAAAAAUUUGGAAUCUCACCAGGCUGACAUGGCUUAGAAGGCUAAUGCACAAUUUUUACUCAUUGAUCUUACCAAAGAGCAAAAAAGAAAUGUCUUUCUGAUAAAAGAGUAAACUUGUAUCGUAAGACAAAUUUUUUGGGCUUUGAGGAGAACUAUGAAGGUUACGUUAGGGUUCGAGAUAACUGAGGAUGGUAUGGGCUACAUCUUGGAUAAACAACAUCCGCUUCAACGGCAAAACCCCACCAGCCUUCUUCUGAAGAACGAAACUAGAAAUCCUUAAAUAAAUCAUUAAUCAAAACAUGGGUCUUGUUGCAGGACUUAUCACGCUCACUCCAUUGAAGACCUAAUAAUAUGUUUUGUAGACAAAACUGAUAAAAAAAAGUCAAUACACCAAUGCCACAAAUCAUCACGGGAAUAUGAUAUUUGUUUAUUAUUAACAGAGAAGAUAAAAAACACAGACUACUUCAAGUUGCCAAGUAAACAUUGAAGCCAGAGAUAUGAAAAUGUGUUUGCAACUUAUAAAUUGCUCUAUAAAUUGUAGAAUUUCUCUUUAACAUGAAAAAUACAUCCCUUGAAGCCCUUGCAAAUUCUUUGAGACUU